AUGGAGUCUAAGGACUCGGAAAUUCCAUCGGACCGCCAGAGCGGCCAAGAUUCUAACCAAAAGCCUCUGCAAGACGAGUCGGAUACUAAAAAUGCCAAUGAGGCGAAUACGACAAGCGCUGCUGUAGCUUCUUCGGAGUCGGUAAAGCCGACCACCAAGGACGAUUCCAGUUCUAAGAAGAAUCGCCGAGAGAAGAAGUCCAAGGACAGAAAGGUCAAACCGGCUUCUGAACAGGAGGUUGUGGACGGUUCGGGCAGUUCCAGUGGAGGCGCUGCGUCGGAUUUUGAUGACGAGGAACCAUCUACGACCGCCGCCCGAUCACUUAAAAAGCGAACGGAGAUGAAGAACAAGGGCAAGAAAAAGAUACGUACGGGCAAACCAAGUUCUACCAAGGAGAAACUUGCAAAGAAACCCACUCAGAAGAAGAAAAAGAAGGAUAAGAUCCCUAACACUUCUUCUGAUUCCGAUUCAACCACCGACACGGAUGACUCCUCCACUUCAUCUGACUCUGAGUCUUCUUCAGACGACGAUUCAAACUCUAAGAGCGAUAAGAAAACGUCGAAGAAAGAUCUGAAGAGUCAGCUUAAGGUACUGCAGCUUCAGUUUACCCAACUCCAAUACCAAUUGGCCGGUUCAAGCAAUUAUGCUUCCUAUGGAGCAGCCGCUAACCCGUACUCUUUGCAACAAAUUGCGUACCCUGUUGCAUCUCAGGGUGCUGUCGCCAACCCGUACUCUUUGCAACAACCUACGUACCAACAAGCUGCGUACCCCACGGCAUCUCAGGGUGCUGCCGCCGUUACUUCGGCAGCUGUUGGGCGUGGUAUGUACUACCCUCAUCGAGGGCGUCCAAUCCCUCCAGGGCUCCAGGGCACAGGUCUGGAGGGCAACGCUACUGACGACGAAAGCUCCGACGCUGGCAAGAAGAAGAAGAAAACUAGCAAGGAAAAGAAGUUCAAGAAUCUUGCUUUCAAACGUGUCGAUCAAGUAUGGGAUAGCAACAUCCAUAACUACAAAUUGCAGGACACAGCCGAUAUGGAGAACGAUGGACAAUAUGAAGACUUCAUCUUUCACGUUCGCCGAACCUUUGACUGGGAAGGCAAGUAUAGAGCAACCAUUGUCGAUAUCAAGAGCAAGCUCCUUCGCGAAUGUUUGCAAGAUGUGAUCGGUAAUGUCGAGGGCAUCAGUCUCGUGGACGAGGUUCCCAAAAUCAGUCCGAACCUCCUAUUCCUUUAUUUGGAAGACAUGCGCAAUCAUCUCAAGGCGCUUCGAAAAACCAAGCCCGCUGGCGAGACCAAAAAGGCUCGCAAGAAGAACGAAGAGCGACUCAAAGACAAGAGAAAGCAGUUGAAGGUACUUAUUAAGUACCUCGAUCACGAUUACGAACGUACAAAGGAAAGCCUAUACCCAAUGUUGAAAAGCGGACUCAUCACAUUCGAAUUACUCUGGGCCUUAUGGAAGCCAAACACACUGGCCUAUACGACAACGUAUGGAAGUACACAGGAGCCACGAGUCUUCAAGGUCGAGGUGGCACAGCUACAUCGCAGCAUCAUGAAAGGCGAGUUUUACUACGUGGAUGGUAAAUACUUUGAAUUUGAUGGGAAGCGUUUUGGCUACGGCAACAUGGCGGUCGAAAUGGAAGAAUUCCAGGGGGCCAAGAAAAUCACCAGCCUCUCAUGUUACCCGCUACAGUAUCACCAGAAUGAGGAAAAGCUUCGCCGUGACUUGAUCGAGCGAGGCAAAAAGUUCGUAUCUCUGAGUGGUGUUCACUACAGGAGCUAUCAGGGCAUUGCUUUCCUGAAACGUAAAAAAGGCCAGGUGAUGAAGUUCAACAUCCAGCCUAGUCGGGUCAUGAUUGAUCCAACUAUCUUCCGAAGAAUCAACCCCAACUACAGCGUCUCAACCGUCAAGCCUAAGGAUCCCGAUAUUCUUUCCGACGAGGAAGAUUCUGACUCAGAUUCAGAUAAUUGCUGUUGCUGCUCUGAUUCCGAAGACGGGGAAAAGGUCAAAUGGUUUACCAAAGUGUACAAGGACUCUGACGGUGAGCUACCUUCCAAGAAAGAAGAUGAGGAAGAUGAGAGCGAAGGCAGUGGCAAAGAUGAUGAGAAAAAGGAUAUUCCCGAAUUCACUGACGAAGAAUACCUUAUUGCCUCGCCUGUGGUGCUUGGAUUCGCUUUUUCAGAAAAGCAAUGGCUUGAGCUAGCUGUCUCUGGUGCAAGCGACAUCAAAUGGAACGAAAAGGCUUGGGAUUCUCUGGUCCUUGAAGAUGGUACCAAGGACUUGAUCAAAGCUCUCGUCAAGUCUCGUAAGUACCAUGCAGCCAACACCAUCGAUGAUGUUAUCCAGGGCAAAGGAAAGGGCCUUGUCACUGUUUUACACGGGCCUCCUGGAACAGGCAAGACACUUACUGCUGAGGGUAUUGGCGAGCUGCUCCAAUGCCCGCUGUAUAUGGCGUCAGCUGGCGAACUGGGGACAGACUCGCGAUUUCUCGAGGCAGAGUUGCAGAAGAUCUUGGACAUUUGUCAUGCCUGGGGCGCAAUUCUCUUGUUAGACGAGGCGGAUGUGUUUCUAGAAAAGCGCAACAUGCAUGAUAUCCAUCGGAACGCUCUCGUGAGCAUUUUCCUUCGGCAAUUGGAAUACUUCCAAGGAAUACUGUUCCUCACAACCAAUCGGGUAGAGACAUUCGAUGAAGCGUUCCAGUCUCGAAUCCACAUCGCUUUACGGUAUGACAACCUCGACCCCAAAGCAAAGCGAACCAUUUUCAAGAUGUUCCUGGACCGCGUUCAGAAGCUGGGUAAACUGAAGGUGGAGCCAUUGACAGAGGACGACCUGACUGCGCUUUCGAAACAAGACCUCAAUGGACGCGAAAUCAAGAACGUGGUGGGCUCGGCUCAGGACCUUGCCGUUAACAAGGGAGAGGCUCUCAGCAUUCGCCACAUCAAACAAGUUCUUGAUGUCCAUGCGAAAUUUGGUCAGGAUUUAAAGGGUGGCACUGGCUACGAAGAUGCCAUGAGAAGCUACUUCUAA